ACAUUUCUGACGUGAGUUUGAAUUUUCAAAUUCGUUAUUCGUUAACGAAUUAUCGAGCUGUUGAGAGAUUCUUUGUGUUUUGUUUGUGAAUUUUUGAAAAUUCGUUGAAGAAAAGGCUGUUUAUCGUAACUAUUUAUAUUUUUCAUAAUACAUAUUAUAAGCCACGAAUACUUUUACAAUUAUCAAACAAAAAUGUCGAGAGAUAUUUACUAUUCUGACAAAUACUAUGACGAGGAUCACGAAUAUAGGCAUGUGGUGCUGCCUAAAGAGAUGGUGAAGCUGGUGCCGAAGAAUCACCUCAUGUCUGAGCAGGAGUGGAGGAGUAUCGGUGUGCAGCAGAGCCAGGGAUGGGUACACUAUAUGACACACACACCAGAACCUCACAUCUUGCUGUUCAGGCGUAAGAAGACAACCACAGAACAGGUAGACGACAAAAACAUAAGGAGGUACUGAUUGACAGCCUGUACAGAUUUACCCUGUACAGCCACAAGAUUAGACUUAAUUACUUCUCGUUUGCCUCAUAACAAACAUUACCGGCACUAUUUUUGUUUGACAUGAAAUUAACACAAAACUUGCAUGACAUUUUUAUAGCCUGCAAAGAUGAGAGACAGUACUCAGGAUAAUUUUUUUCGACCUCAAAAUAGAUCUAGGACGCACACAAGGGUGUAAGGCUUCUUUUCCACCAGAGAUGUGCUAUGCUACGUUGCUAUGGAUGCGUUUGAUAUCCACCAAUCAUAUUCAUUGGUGCACAUAGCACUGGUGGAAACGGAUUCAACUAAGAUAUGUUUUUAUAUGGAAGGAUGCGUGCUGUGGAUGCCUGCUAUGGGCCGUCGCGAGUGGUGUAGCUAUGUGCAGGUACGGCAGGUCGCGUGAGCGCCUCUCCUCACCGCGUCGCUCUCACCGCUUCCCUAUCAAUUCCUCGCAUAGCUCGAGCUGCGCAUCUUUCUCGCGCAGCUACUUUGCGGCGGCGCAUCUUUAUAGCGCAUCCGCCUCGCUACAUAGCUUAGUAUUGGUGGAAACGGUCACAUAUUUUC